AGUCGCAAUUACCGAAAAGACAGAUAAAUGAUGAUAAUAUAAUUAAAUUCAAUAGAAAACUGUGUGAAGUUGAUUGGAGUCAUGUAUAUAGUACUGAUGAUGCUAAUAAUUGUUACGAUAUUUUUAUGUCAAUAUUCUACUCAAUUUAUAAUAUAUGUUUUCCAGAAUUGAAGUCAAAAUCAAAAGCGAAAGUCACUUUUAAGAAACCUUGGCUAUCAAAUGGCCUCAUGAAAUCAAUAAAUAAGAAUAAAAUGUAUAAAAAGUUACUAAACAAAUAUUCUGACAAGCAAAAGAAAAUUUACAUUAAGUACAAAAAUAAAUUGAUAAACUUAUUACGCAGUGCUAAAUCUGAAUAUUAUUCUAAACUUUUUAAUCAAAUUAGAGGAAAUACACAAAAGAUUUGGAAUAACAUAAAUAAUAUACUGGGUAAUAAACGCUUUAAGAAGUUACCAUCAGUUAUGUAUUGCAAUGAUUCAAAGUUAAAUUCAUCAAAAGAUAUAGUAGAACAUUUUAAUUCUUAUUUUUUGAAUAUUGGUAAGAAUAUCGCUGACAGAAUUCCUCCUGUGCGUGUGUCAUAUGAUUCAUUCUUAAACGGAAACAAAUCACCAAACUCUUUGUUUUUCAGACCUACUUCUCCAAAUGAAAUUUUAAAGAUUGUCCGUUCUUUAAAUUCUUCAAAAUCAAGCGGCCCCGAUGGUCUAGACCCUAAAGUUAUAAAGAAAUCUAUACAUUACUUCAUUGAACCACUAUGUUUUAUAUUCAAUACAUCAAUUUCUACAGGAAUAGUGCCUAAUCAUCUGAAAUUUGCUAAGGUAGUACCAGUUUUCAAAAAAGGAAAUGCAAAUGAUUUAACUAAUUAUAGGCCAAUUGCUAUCCUCCCUCUUUUUGCAAAGAUUCUUGAAAAAAUAAUUCAUGAACGUUUAUAUACAUUUUUACAGUUGAAUAAUUUUUAACUGAUGCUCAAUUUGGUUUCAGGAAAAAAUUCUCGACUUCAUUAGCUGUCUCUAAUUUAUGUACUUAUAUUCAAAAUGAACUUGAAAAGGAUAAUUUUUGCAUUGGACUUUUUAUGGACUUGUCAAUGGUGUCAGAUCCUCAAUACAGCAUCUCAACUGUGGUGUUCCUCAAGGAUCUGUCUUGGGCCCUCUCUUGUUCCUUAUAUAUGUCAAUGAUAUUAUCAAAUCUUCUUCUCUUCUCAAGUUUUCCGUUUGCCGACGAUAUUUGUGCACUCAUGAGUAGCAGUAACAUUAAAACACUUGUCUUGUCGGUAAACAGGGAAAUAGCAAAAGUCUCUACAUGGUUCAAAGCAAAUAAAUUAUCUCUGAAUAUAGCCAAAACAAACUAUAUUAUAUUUAGAUCAAGGAACAAGAGAGUGCCCCAUGACCUACCACAUAUUAUAAUUGAUAAUCUUGUAAUUUCUAAAUUAAAAAAUAUAAAGUUUCUUGGAGUUACUUUUAAUGAGCUCAUGGAUUGGAGUAUACACAUAUCAGAAAUUUGUAAAUCUUUAUCUAAAUAUGUUGGUAUCUUAUAUAAAUUGAAAUUCAUAUUACCUUCUAAUAUUUUAAAUAUCCUUUAUAGUAGCCUUAUCUUGCCACAUCUGAAUUAUUGUAAUUGUAUUUGGGGUAAUACAUACAAAUCACGCCUUCUAAAACCAUAUAUCCUACAGAAAAAAUCAAUCCGGUUAAUUACUAAGUCCCAUAUGCAAAGUGCUAGUAAACCCCUUUUCAAAAAGAUGAAUAUUUUACCUCUCCAUGAACUAAUUACUUUAAAUACUCUAAUCUUUAUGUACUCAGUUAAAAAUCAUAUUUUUCCAUUGAAGUAUUGCAAUAUGUUUUCACUCAAUUUAAAUGUUCAUUCUUAUGCUACUAGACAAAAAGAUAAUUUCCAUGUUCCGAAAGUGAGACUUUCUUCUUCUUUAAAUUCACUAGCUUUAGUCGGUAUAAAAAAAUGGAAUCAACUCCCAACUUCACUAAAAGAUUGUUCAACUGUAUCCUGUUUCAAAAAAAUGUGUAGGGCCUACUUAAUGGAAAAUCUAUAAAAUCACCAGGGUUUGUGUGUGUGUGCGUGUGUGUGUUGCUGCGUGUAUGUGUGUAUGUUUAUACAUUUAUAUAUUUGCUGAUAAAAUUUGUGUUUUCUUAGUUUUCUGUUUCUGAUUUUAAAUUAUGUCAAUGAUAUUGUUUUGGGGCCAUUAUCUACAAGCAGUUUGCUUUUUUAUGGUCCUAGCCAUAUUUUGUUUGCAUAAUUAUGUAUGAUUUGUAUAUACACAUUUUUAUGGUUGAAUAAACUUGAAUUGA